CCCCUCCGCAUCGUGUUCUUCUCUGAUAUCAUUCUCCCAAACUUGUGAGCUCAGGUAUUCAACCCCCUUCCCCAGCUUGCCCUCUCCAAGUCCGAGGCAAACGAACAAAAGAAACGCGAAUCCCGAGGAUAGCCAUUCUUUUUCUCGCCCGGUCCCGGGCUCCACGGGGAAGGUGGACAGUCAGUUGGCCCCCUCUCCCCGCGCCCGAUGGCCCAACCAGCGUACGCGCCGCCCCCCUGGCCGCCGCGGCGGCAGGAAGACCACCCACACAAGCCUGACAACAUCAAUGGCAACCCGACAACAAGAACAACACCACCAACGGCGUCAAUUCCCAACGGCGCCGACGUGACGGCGCGCUCCUCGCUCCUCGGCGUCCCGGAGCGCUGGCACCCCUUGCUCUUCGUCUGCCGCCUGCUCUCCACCGUGCCCGCCGUGUGGUGGGGGUUCCCGAUCGCCCUGCGCCUGCUGCUGCAGCUGUACCUGCUGGUCUCCGCGGUCGUGGGUUACGGCCCCGCCGGACGCCUUGGCGUCGCCGUUGGUGGUGGUGAUGGCGGCGGCGGCGACGGCGGCGGGGGUGGGGGAGGGCUCCGCUCUGCCGAGAGUUCGUUUGAGAGUCGGUUGCGGCUGAUGGAGACACUGCUGGCUAUUAUCUGGUGCGGUGCCUCGGCAUACCUCUCGUUCUUCUUUACCGAUUGUCUCAUGAGCAGAUGGCUGCUUAACUACACUCCCCAGGCCACCCUCGUCCGACUUCUGACCAUCAACGCCCUGAACGGCUACCUUACAUCCUGGGUCCUCUUCCUCACCGGUGGAUCCGAGGAUCCUCGCCUCUUCUUGCCGGCGUGGAUUGCUAUUGCAACAACCCUGACAAUGCUUUAUCAUGUCACUCAACGGAAGAUCAAUAUUCGCAAGGAGACGUCAAUGACAAUCAGUGUUUUCUCCAUCGCCAGUUUCAUCAGCAUGGUGGCCCUGCUUGGGCAAUUGCACCUGAACCGUUCCGACUAUCCCAACGUACCUUUGUUUUCGCUUGCGAGGAAGGCAUGGCAUCAAGUUGGGAAGUUGGCUGUUAAGGUGGUGGAAUAUGGGAACGUCACAAGGGAGCUAUAAGCUGCCUUGCAGGUUCCUGUUUCGAGCUUGUUUGCGCCAAUGUGGUACAUUACUGUUUUAUCGUUAUAUACCCCAAACACUUCUUUCACCAUGGGCGUUCCGAACUGAGGGCAGCGGAGUCGUGGAGUCUCUUUGUAUGGUAGUUUUCUCGAUCAUCAUCACCGCGGAUUGUUAAGGGGCAAACAUUCGCACAAAAGGGAAGUGGGACUGAAGUGUGUGGACAUUGGUUCAAUUGCUUGGGAUAUCGUAUUCCCACGGAGACCGGAGAUCAUAGCGAAUGACACGCAGGAUCAUGACCAUCCAUGAAAGUAAGCCCUGAAGCC